AUGUUUACCAAAUUGAAACAAAACAAAGCUUUAAAUUUUGAGCGCGCGCACUUAAUUAAAGGGAGGAGGACCGAUGAAAUGUUUUAUGUGUACUCGUGUGGAUCCAAUGGGAGAUACCAGCUAGGGAACGGUACUGAUGAAGAUUUGAACCAGCUCGAACGGGUGUUUGAGACCACAUUUAGGCCGGUGAAGGUGGUUUGUGGUGGGAAUCAUACGCUGAUUUUACUGGAGAAUGGUGAUUUGUUCUCUGCUGGUGAUAAUACACAUGGCCAAUGUGGUAUUGUAUUAGAGAGUGAUUCUGAAGGUGAUAAUGUGGUAAGGUUUACCCAAGUACCUCGUAUUGGUGGUGUUCCAUGGGUUGAUUGCAGUGCUGGUUAUGAAUUUUCAGUAUUUGUUAAUGAAUCACAAGAAGUUUAUUCUUCUGGUUUUGGCUUGAAAGGGGAACUUGGUCAAGGUGAAAAAGCCAGUAAAUCUACAAUACUAAAGAAAAUAGAUCAUUCAUUCAAUUCUGAAACCAAAAAGAUCAAAUCUUGCCUUGAUCAUACAGUGAUACUACUUGAGAACGGUCAAGUAUUUGGUUGGGGUAAUGGAAGAAGUGGGAAAUUAGGACAGCCUGCCAUUUCCAAACUUUGGACACCACGUCAAAUUGAAACUGGUUUUGAAGUGAUGAAUAUUGAAAUUGGAAGAGAUUUCACAGUAUUGGGUGGAUUAGACCAAAAUAUUGAAAUCUUGGGUAAAGAUAAGUUUAGUAUUACAUCUCAAAUACCCAAUGAGUGGAUAGAUUUCAAAGCGAUGUGGUCUUCAGUUCAUUUCAUCAAAUCGAAUGGUCAAAUUUUAUCAAUUGGUAACGAUAGUCAUGGUCAAUUAACAAAAUUAGGUGAUUAUGUAAAAUAUGAUUUGUUUGAAGUUGGUAGUGAACAUACAAUACUUCAAAUUGGUCAAUCAAUUAAAUCAUGGGGUUGGGGUGAACAUGGUAAUUGUGGGAUCAAUAAGACUGACUCUGUCACUUUUGACUAUAUUAAUGAGAUCCAUAAAUUUCCAUUGAAUGAAUCAAUCAUUGGAAUUAAUGGUGGAUGUGCUACAACGUGGGUGAUUACACAAUCUAACGAAUGA